AGUUAUUGAAAUUAUUGAUAGGAGGUCAGCAGGGCUCUGAGGAUUGUGUGAGUGUGUGUGUGAUAUGUUGCUUUCUUCUUUGAUUUUAUGAUUCAUCCUUUUUAUACUUUUCUCAACCCCUUCGAGUUUCUCUGUGACUCGAAUGCACCCGAUAAAUUUCGGACGUUCGAAUCGAUGUACGGAAGCACUGAGUUAAAGUCGUCUGUGUCACUCCCUGCAGGAAACAAUCCAUUAUCUGUACGGACUGUGAAAAACACUAUCUGAGGUGCCAUGAGAGAGCUGAAGGUGGUGGUGCUAGGUAGUGGAGGUGUUGGCAAAAGUGCACUCACAGUACAGUUUGUUUCGGGUGCCUUCAUGGAAAAAUACGACCCUACUAUAGAAGACUUUUACCGUAAAGAAAUUGAAGUCGACUGUGCACCCUGUGUUUUGGAAAUUCUAGAUACUGCAGGAACAGAACAGUUUGCUUCAAUGAGAGACCUUUAUAUAAAAAAUGGGCAGGGAUUUGUCGUUGUAUACAGCGUUACCAGUCAUCAGACGUUCCAAGACAUCAAAGGCAUGCGGGAGCAGAUUUCUCGUGUCAAGGGCCAGGAUAGAGUGCCUCUGCUGUUGGUGGGCAACAAAAGAGACCUAGACCACCAGAGGGAGGUGGCCAGAGCCGAAGGAGAAGGACUCGCCAGGCUCUGGGGGUGUCCUUUCUUGGAGUCCUCGGCCCGCUCCCGGCAAGAUGUCGACGAGCUCUUUGCAGAGAUUGUGCGAGAGAUGGACCUCUCGGCUGUCACACAGGGAAAGGGAAAUGUCUGCUGUUGUUGCUGCAUUCUCUGAUGAUGGCAUUUGGGGCACUGUGUGAAGAAUGAACAGUUCUGCCUUAAAGUACUGACCUCCCAAAGAAACUGACAUUGUGCCCCCGUCUCUUUAUGAGAGGCACUGGAUACGCCAGCACAGUGUGUAUGUAAGAACUGGUUCUGCUAAUGUUUCCAUACAAGGCUUGUUACAUGAAAACAUUUACUAUUUGGAUUGGAGAUUUUAUUUUUCCGUUUUGUACCCCACCUUCAUAUUUCCUUAUUUGUUAGAAAAAUUCCAAUCUGUAAACUUUCAUGUAGUCAAAUACUUGUAAGAUCAUGUUUGUAUCUUGUAUAUAUCUACGUUUAUAUAUGUAUAAUUUAUGUGUGCGUAUGUGUGUUUGUGACAUAGAUAUAUAUAUAUCAUUUAACUUAACACGGACUAUUAACCCUUUCAGAGACUCACCGUUGCCUUAUAAUUCAAUAGUUUCUAUUUUUACAAUGUUUGUCUGACUAAGGAUUUUUUUUUUCUCUCAGAGAACGGUUUGGUUUGUUUUUUGAAGAAUACACUGGAAAAAAAUUAGGAAUUAUCUUCAAAAUUAAAUUUAUACAAUUCUGUUUGUACUAUUUAUUAUAAUAAGAUGGAUUUUGUGUGAGUGCAUGGUAUAUUUUUUUUGUAAAAUCAACUGCUUUUUUUUGUGCGAAUUAACCUUCGAAGCUACUACUUCAUGAGGAUUGUUGCAAAUAAAACUCAUAAUUUGUGAUUAGUGUGGGGGAAAAAAUGUCCUUAACCUGCUCAUGUGUGCCAACCAAGAGAAAAAGAAUUAUUGCUCAAAUAUGUGUUAAUCAAACUGUAAUAAUUUACAUAUAUGCCCAUCAGGAGAAAAGCAAUAAUUUAUGCAGAUUUGUAUGGCAAUGAGAGAGAGAGAGAAAAAAAUGAAUUACAUGUAUCUAUGCCCAUAUGAAAGGGUUAAUAGCAAGAAUUGAAUAUUGUUAGCAUCUGAAACAUAAUGAAUUCUGAAAUAGCUCCUAUGAAGAGGGACCAUUAUCAAUCUCAAAUAGAUUAUUAUGCUUAUUUAUAUUUUAUGUGUACCCUGCUAAUAUGAGCCUUGUAUGCAUUGGCAUAUCCAUUUAUAUGUAUAUAAAUAAUAAUUAUGUGCAUAAAUUUCAUGCAAUAUGCUUAUAUGCAAUGAACUGUGCUGGUGAGUGAGGACUUUACUUUCUAGAUUUCCAAACGGUUUAGAUUUGAUGGAAGAUAUGGACACAUGUACAAAUAUACAUAUAAAUGUGCAAGUUUAUGCACUUACUCCAAAGAGCAGAUCUGAAUAUGCAGAAAAUAUUUUUUGUUGAACUUCAGUAGACAAACUUAACAACAUUAUGGCAUUCAUUUCAAAGUGCAAUGUGUGGAAAAUGUUUUAUAUAAGAUAAACAUUUUUAAAUUUUAAAUGGAAUCAAGAUAAUGCAUCAAAAUAUAUAUAUUGUAUAAAAUAUUUUAAAGCAAUGACCAUAAUGUAUUUUUAAAUUUCUGUUUAUAACUUUGGAAUUUGUGAUGUGCUUAAAAGCCAGGGGGCAAUAUUGAAAGAAAUUAACUCGCAUGUGUAUUUUAAGCUGUAAUAGCAGCAACCAUUGUAUUUUUACAAAUUAAUUUUCUGCAUAUAUAGUAUACUGUCAUGGAUAGGUGGAUGGCAAAGUAAUUGCAAAAAUGAGUUUUUGAAGUAUUUGAAGAAACUAAUUUUGGAUUCAGUACUAACUAUAGGGAAAUGUUGGAAUUAGAGGUUUUUCCAUGCUUUUAUUUGGCAGAGAAAACCAAAUAAGCAAGCUUCUACAGUAAAGCUAACAUACAAUCAGUAACAAAAAUGGGGAGGGGGGGGGGGAAGAACUUGCGAACUGCCCUUUACCCACCUAUGGCAGUAUCAAAUAAUUGAAAUGUUGAUUUAGAUUUUAAUUUUAACAUUUCUUGUGCAGAUAAGAUUAUAUUUUACAAAAUCAAUUAUUUAAUUACUUUGCUGUGAGUGUAAUAAAAUGAUUCUGUAAUGUGAAACUUCCCAGAAAGGUAUGCACUGAAAAUUUUACUUUUUAUUCUACAAAAUCAUUCAUAAGUUUGAGAUCAGUUAUAUAACGUUCUAAAAUUAAAAACUAUAUACUACUUGUAUUCAAUUUUGCUACAAAAGUAAUUUUUAACUUCACCAUUCAGAAUAAAACAUCAAAUUUUAAUCAAGCAUUCUUGUGCAAAGGUUAUUUACAGAAUUGAUUUUUCUCGUGCAAUAUCUUGAACAAUCAUCAUUGCCUUUUACUUACAUUUUUAAAACAAAUUCUCCAUUUUUUUUCUUGAAAAGAAAAAGUAACUUCAUAGACAUAGCUUUUAUGCAAAUUUUUUUUAAAUAACAUCUAAGUAUGUCAUUUAAAAAAGUAAAGUCAUCUUUCAAAUAUACUUUUUGGAAUUCUAUCUGCAAUACCCUUCUAAGAUUAAGUAUUAGUUUUUUUUGGUUGAUGCAAAUGGAUGCACAAAAAAAAAAAAAAAAAAGCUGCAUUUACAUGCUGAGAUAUGACUGGUGUAUUAUAUUUCAUACAGCAAAAAUUUAACUACAUAUAACAUAAGAAAAAAGCAUAAAACUUUUCCUUUGUGGUAUGCUCAACUAUCAUUUUCAAAAUAAGUUACUUGGUGCUGUUCUUGCUUCAUAUUGUAUGUCAAACCGUAUAUCAAACAAGGUAUGCGUACAUGAAGCACUUGCUGAUCAAAAUUUGACACGUGUGCAUAAAAUCGUUCCAUGCUCAAUGGCUAUAUUUCAAUAGUUGUAUGUCAACAAUGGUUUUAUGUAUAUCAGUGUGUAUAUGUACAUAACCAACUUCCAUAGAAAAAGUUGGUAAAGAAGGGAAGAGAGCGGAAUCUAAAAUUUGGAAAGAUGUACUCAGCUGCAAUGUAUCUUCAAUUUUGUAUCUGUACAGUCAAGAUGAAUAAAUUUUUAAGAAUAUUUCA